AUAAAUGUCCACUUCUGCAAACAAAUCAAAAGCAUUUGCUAAAUUCAAAAUUGUAUUUAUUGGAAAUCAAGCUGUUGGUAAAACAUCAAUCAUAGCUCGUUUUGUAUAUGAAUAAAUACCAUAAUAACAUCAAGUAUUCAUAAAAUUUUGAUAUGUUAGCCUACAAUUGGAAUUGAUUUUCUUUCAAAAUGUAUAUAGGUAGACAAUAAAACAGUAAGAUUGUAAUUAUGGGAUACAGCAGGAUAAGAACGUUUUAGAUCAUUGAUUCCAUCAUAUAUAAGAGAUUCCCAUGCAGCUGUAUUAUGUUAUGAUGUUUCAAGUAUUGUUUAAUAUUAUAAUUUAAGAUGCAUAGACAUUUGUAGAUAUUAAAUAAUGGCUUGAAUAUGUAAGAGAAGAAAGGGGAUCUGAUGUAUUGGGAGUGCUUAUUGCAAAUAAAAUAGAUAUUAAAGAAAGGUUAAUUAUUAAUAUAUUUAAGAGCUGUAACAACAGAAGAAGGUGAAAAGUUUGCAAAAGAAUAAAAUUUACUUUAUUAUGAAGUUUCAGCAAAAGAGGGAACAAAUGUUUAAUCUACUUUUAAGAAUCUUGCAUUAAAACUUUUAGGUCCAAUUCAAGAAACUGAAUAACCAACUACUGAAAGUAUAUUUUAAUAUUUAAAUUAGUUUCCUCAUCUAAUAUUGCUAACAAAAUUUAAUUAUAAUCAUAAGAUUAAUAAACACCAUAACCAGACUAAUAGAAAUGUCAAUGUUGA